AUGUCUCUCACCCUGCAGCCUGACUACUUCCAGCACAUCGUGCGUCUCCUCAACACCAACGUGGAGGGCAAGCGCAAGGUGCCCUUUGCGCUCCGCAUGGUGAAGGGUAUCGGCAUCCGCUUUGCGUACAUGGUGUGCAAGAAGGCGGGCGUCGAUGUGGAGCGCCGCGCUGGCACUCUGACCGCUGAGGAGCUGGAGAAGAUCUCGGACAUCAUCACGGACCCGGCGAAGUUCAAGAUCCCUGAUUGGUUCCUCAACCGUCAGCGCGACCCCAAGACCGGCAAGACGGAGCACCUGACCAGCUCUAUGGUUGACACACGCCUCCGUGAGGACUUGGAGCGNCUCAACCGUCAGCGCGACCCCAAGACCGGCAAGACGGAGCACCUGACCAGCUCUAUGGUUGACACACGCCUCCGUGAGGACUUGGAGCGUCUCCGCAAGAUCCGUGCCCACCGUGGUGUGCGUCACGCCUACGGUCUCCGUGUCCGUGGCCAGCACACUUGCACAUCGGGUCGCCACGGCAAGACGGUUGGUGUGUCCCGUACCAAGUAA